AUGAGUGGAAGAGGCAAAACAGGCGGUAAGACUAGGGCGAAGGCCAAGACUCGUUCUUCCAGGGCUGGACUCCAGUUCCCCGUGGGCCGUGUCCACAGGCUGCUGCGCAAAGGCAACUAUGCUCAGCGUGUCGGCGCUGGUGCACCGGUGUACUUGGCCGCUGUGCUCGAGUAUUUGACCGCUGAGAUCUUGGAGUUGGCCGGUAACGCUGCCCGUGACAACAAGAAGACCCGUAUCAUCCCCCGCCAUCUGCAGCUGGCUGUCCGCAACGACGAGGAGUUGAACAAACUGCUCGGCGGAGUGACCAUCGCUCAGGGUGGUGUGCUGCCUAACAUCCAGGCUGUGCUUCUGCCCAAGAAGACUGAGAAGUCCAAAUAAACCACUUUGGCUUGCUUGAACAACGGUUCUUUUAAGAGCCACCCACCUAUUUCAUCCUAA